CUCAGCCCCGUUUAGGUCGAAACGAUGCUGUCAAAACUAGUUGAGUGAGCGCUGGGUGCCGCCUUCGUGUGAAAUCCGGAAGAGUUCAUUCAGGGACCCGUCUGAAGUCAGCCAGGAGCAGCGCGAGCUCCGAAUAGUAACUGGAAGAAGCACAACCAAUGUUUGAAUUAAAACUCAAACAAAAUGAUAGGAAGGGACAAGCUUUACAGAUUCCUUUCUCUUUUUUUCGGACUUUCUGCGCCUCUGCUAUCGUCUGCCGAGAAGCUGGGAGAUGGAUGUGGUCACUCAGUUUUGGGUCAAGAAAGUGGAGUCCUGACUUCCAGGAACUAUCCCGGAACGUACCCAAACCACACAUGGUGUGAAUGGAAGAUUAAAGUACAGGAAGGCAAGACUAUCAUCCUGAAGUUUGGUGACCUGGAUAUUGAGGCACAGCACUGUGAAUCUGACUAUGUUAAAAUCUUUAAAGGAUCACAGACUUUUGGAAACGCUUUUGCGACCUAUUGUGGAAACCAGAAAUCUUACACAAAAGAGAUCCACGUGGAUAGCAAUGAGAUCACAGUUCAGUUUGAAAGUGGACAUCACCUAUCGGGACGUGGAUUUCUACUGUCAUAUGCAAGCAGCAACCACAAAGAUUUGCUUACAUGCUUGGAUAAAGCAAGUCAUUUCCCAGAGUCACGGUACAGCAAGUACUGCCCUGCUGGUUGCAAGUCAAUAGCAGGAGACGUUACUGGGGAUAAGUCAGAGGGAUACAGACAUACGUCUGUUCUUUGUAAAGCUGCCGUUCAUGCUGGGGUUAUAAUUGAUGAAUUAGGAGGCCAGAUAUCAGUCAUUCAGCAUAAAGGCCUCAGUCGGUAUGAAGGCAUCAAGGCGAACGGCAUUCAGUCAAAAGAGGGGUCUUUGUCUGACAAGCGGAUUGUGUUUAGCACCAAUGAUUGCAGCAAGCCACUGAGCUUGGAUUCGGGAGCCAUCACAGCCACAUCUGCCUGGCAGCCAACCAAUGAAAAUGGACAGAUCACAGAGUGUUCUGCAGAAAAUGGACGUCUUGAUGUUCAGGGAUCUGCGUGGGCAGCUCAUCGUAACAACACCUGCCAGUGGAUGCUUAUAGACCUUGGGGAGAAAAAGAAUAUCACAGCCCUGUGCAGUAGAAUAAUGCAGGAACUGUUUGGACAGAGUGCAUUUGCUUCACUGAAAACAAGAAGGAAGCACUGCUGGCACAAAACAGGAAUCAUCACUUCAGGAUCUACACUACCAAGUUACAGAAUCCAGCACAGCAAAGAUGGCCAUAAAUGGAGGAUGUACAGACGAGCUGGAGGUUCAGAAGCAAAGAUAUUUGAAGGAAACCUUGAUUAUUGGCACCGAACACGGAACAACUUUCUCCCAUCUAUCGUUGCUCGCUACAUACGCAUCAUUCCACAAACCACGCAUCGGAGGAUAGCCAUGAAGGUGGAGCUAAUGGGAUGUUCGCAAGAAAAAGCAAAUGCUUUGACUCUGCCUGUACCUGAAAACACAACCCCAGGUACAAGAUCACAUGCUGAAGAGGAAGACAUAACGAAGCCCCUUACAUCCCAUACUGACCUAGUGAAACUAGCCAUAUUUGUGGUCCCAGCCGUCCUCUCAUUGGUCCUUCUGUUUGCAGGAGUUUGUGUUUACAUGACUUUAUGGAAGAAGAAGACAAAGGAAAAUACAUAUGGGUUAUCUGAAUCUCCUAAAGCAGGCUGUUGGAAACCUUUUGCCAGGCACCAGUCCACAGAGUUUACCAUCAGCUACAGUCCUGAAAAAGAAACGCUGAAGAAACUGGAUCUGGUCAAAAGUAACAUGGCAGAUUACCAGCAGCCCCUAAUGAUUGGAACAGGGGCAGUGACGAGAAAAGGAUCCACGUUCAGGCCAAUGGACACUGACGCUAAAGAGGAAAUCAGCAGAAAAGACCCAGCGACCAACUAUGACUAUCUUUAUUCUGCCAAUCAGUAUGCACUGCCUUUGACCAAUAAGGAACCAGAAUAUGCCACCCCUAUAAUAGAGCGGCACAACUUCAGGAAUGACACCUACACACCAGACGCGGGUUACAAUGUGCCAGCAGUUGGUUUAUCAACGAAGCCUUCUUUCAAUGCAAAUGAUUGCAAGAGCUACAACAAACAGGAAAGCCUCACUGGAGAUUACCAAACACCACAACUUAUAGCCAAAAGCAUGCUGAGUGAAGAGGCAGGAUAUGAUAGACCUAAACAGAGCAUUGCUUUGGCCACUGCAACCACGGGUAUGAACUAUCAGAAGCCACAGGUCACUAUGUCAGUGACUGAAGGUUAUUCUGCGCCUAGGGACUGUUUAAAACCAGCAAGUCCCCGACAACAGUAAAAGAAACCUCAGUUAAAAAAAAAAUAAUAUAGAAAAUCAUUGAGUUAAGUGGCACCUGUGUGGACAGACUGUUGCAGCGCACAGAUGCUGACUAUUUAUUGCAAUCAUGAAAAACUUUCCAGUGAACAACAUAAACUUUAUUGGGAUAACUUGUUCAUUCUUUAAAAAAAAAAAAAAAAAAAAACAUGGUCUUGUACAUAACGUCCGACCUGCUGUUCUGCCUUCGGACAGGCGUAUUCCAGAUAUUGAUACUGGAUGCAGUAGAUCAAAGCUCCACUUUUUUGUAUAUUCCAGUAAAUCUGGAUUCUUUAAGCAGUUUGUUAGGUGAAAGUGAUUGAAGCAGCCUCAGAGAUUCCCAAGUUAAUUAUAAUAAUAAUAAUAAAAACUCUCUAAAGUACAUUACUCACAGGUGGCUAGGAGAAAACAUUUAUUAGGAGUUGUGUACCUGUGUAAAUGUUAAAUUGGGUCUUUUAAAAAUAUUUGUUAUUCAUGGAAGAAAUUGUAAAUGUUGACUAGACAAUUGUCAUGCAAGAAAUUAACUGUUGCAUAGUUCUCUUUUACAAUAAGGAAUGAAGAACUAAUUGGUUUUAUAGAUGUGCUAAAGCUCUGUCUUUUAUCCAUCAGCAGCAUCUUGUGAAAGAAGUUGCUUAUAGGAAGUUUUUUUUUUCUCCAUUUUUGUAUUGAUAUUCUAAUACAAAACGGUUGAUGCCUGCUCAUACUGUCCUAUUAUAAGGGUUAUUAGUUUCGAUUGCUCGAUUUGUCAUGUUUUCUCUGAAUUUUAAAUAUUUCUGUUAAUACACCUGAAAGUGACCAAAAGAUAUUUGAUGUCAGGUAUCAGGUCUUUGGGAUCUGUCUAUCUGCACACAAUAAGACAACCUACUUGGUUGGAUGCAAGAUUGUAAUGAAAUCUGCACCCUACAUUCAGAACUCCCAGGAACUUGAGGUCUUCUGGGGGUAGGAUUGGGCUUAUAAAAGAUUAUGUAUAAUCAAAGCCCUGUACUGUAGUCAUUUAUGGAUUUACAUUCCAUAAACCAGAAGACAUGCAAAUUUAUCAAUAGGGUCCCAUAGGCAUACUGAGAUGUUAAUGAAUAAGCCGCCUUAGCUGUGCUGUUCAGGUUAUCUGGAGACAGAUGAAGGGAAGGAAAUAGUUUUGUAUUAAAAGUAGGUUAACAGUUUAAAAUGUUCGGUUUACUUUUUCUCCUUUGUGAUUCAUCAGUUGCACAGAUUUAUCAAGCAAAUUGUUUUCCUCUUAGAAACCUGCUGAAGAAAAUUCUAGUCCCUCCCCCAUUAUAAAUAACAUAAUAGCAAAUAGCCAUCAGAAGCAAACAUCAUGGAAGCUACAAUAACAGGUUAAUUAGUGGGCAUUAUGGCUUGGUAUCUGGUGACAGUGGCGGUCCAUGCUGACUGGGAAAGGGGUGUAUUAAUAAGAAUACCAAGCAGUACUGUUAAACAAAUAAAGUUUAAAUGUUUAAAAAGUUUAAAACUAUAAAACUAUAACAAGUUUUAAAAACAUUGUGUUUUUUUUCUUGAACUGAAGUCUAUGUUAAUGUGCACAUGCUGUUUAGCUGGGUUGCUUUUGUUCUGAAGUGACUAUAUAAAGUGGAAUUACUACUAUAAUUUCUAUGAAAUUCUUUUUUUGGGGG